GCUCAGUCGGUGGUUGUUGAUCGCCGCCAGCGUACGUGUCAAAUUUACUGUUGUCGUUAGCCGAAAAGCCAAAUAUAAACAAAAAUCGAAUUUCAGUUAACAAUUUUUGUGCGUGCGCGUUUUCUAGUUUGUGGCCAAUAAAAAGUCAAAGAAUAUAAAAAUCCAAUAGCACAAGCCCCGCCGGGUCAUGCACGUCGCGAGCUGCUGUUAGCCAAAAGUCAAUGUGAUCAGAGCUUAAUUAAACAGCUGCUGUUUUCGACCUGUUUGUUCUGGCUGCACGCGAUGAUGACCACAACGACAACACAACAACAUCCCAUCAUGCCGCCAGCCAUGCGUCCAGUACCCGAGAGUCCCGUCUCCAGACCGCGCGCCGUCUACAGCAUCGAUCAGAUCCUGGGCAAUCAGCAUCAAACCAAGCGCAGCGAAACACCCAACGAGGUGCUGAUAACACACGCGCAUCACAUACAUCACCUGCAUCACGCCGGCAACAGUGGCAGCAACAACAACAGCUUGUUGCAGCAGCAGCAGCAACUGCAACAUCAGCAUCAGCACCAGCAACAACUACAACAACAACAGCAGCAACAGCAGCAGCAGCAGCAGCAACAACAACAACAACAGCUGAUUGCCAAGCGCGAGGACUCGCCCACAAAUACGGAAAGCGGCCUGGACGUGGACAACGAGGACGAGCUCUCCUCGAGCCUCAAUAAUGGACACGAUCUGGGCGACAUGGAGCGACCGCGCAAAGUUCGCAGAUCUCGCACCACGUUUACAACAUUUCAAUUGCAUCAAUUGGAGCGCGCCUUUGAGAAGACACAAUAUCCGGACGUGUUCACAAGGGAGGAUCUGGCGAUGCGACUCGACCUGAGCGAAGCACGCGUUCAGGUGUGGUUCCAGAAUCGACGCGCCAAAUGGCGUAAACGUGAGAAGUUUAUGAAUCAGGACAAGGCCGGCUAUCUGCUGCCCGACCAAGGUCUGCCCGAGUUUCCGCUGGGCAUACCGUUGCCGCCGCACGCACUGCCCGGUCAUCCGGCGGCGCUGCCCGCCGAGUUUUGGCCGCCGCACUUUGCGCUGCAUCAACACUUCAAUCCAGGCCUGCUGCCACAACAGCUGAUGCCGCCCCACUACAAGCUGCCCAACUUCCAUACGCUGCUCUCCCAGUACAUGGGCCUCAGCAAUUUGAAUGGCAUCUUUGGCGCCGGCGCCGCAGCGGCUGCGGCCGCGGCCAGCGGCUGUGCAGCGGCGGCGGCCGCAUCCGCCGGCUAUCCGCAGAAUCUGUCGCUGCAUCCGUCGUCGGCGCAGGUGAGUCCGCCGUGCAGCAACAGCAGCCCGCGCGAGAGUCCCAACUCGCUGGCGCCCCAUCAGCUGGCGCAUGGCGGCACCACGCUCAUCUCUGGCGACCUGACGCUCACCUCGACGGCGGCGCAGUCGCCACGCAGCGCCACGGGCGGCAGCAGCAACGCCUCCACGCCCGUCUCCGUGGUUACCAAGAGCGAAGACUGAACCAGCGGCAGAGAAGUAACCUGCUCGACGCUCGAAUUCGCAAAUAGGAAUUCCCCCCUCGUGGUGAUAUAAUGGACGGAUUGUGUAUAUAUCUUUAGCAUAGCCCCUAAGUGGAUAAGGAAAUGGAACUUUCUGUUUGUGUUGCAAAUAUUUCCACAAAUAUUGCCUACUUUUAAGAAACUAAUCUUUAAUUAACUGCUGCAAGUGUCAUAGAAUCUAGUUAAUACGAAUGUGUAAAUUAAAAAUAAUCUUAAGAAAACAAAUAAAUCAAAGUCAAGAAAACGGCGCUUAAACUAAUCCAAAUGGAGCUAAGUUAGGGCUAGUCUAAAUAUGUCUGUAGGAUGUCCAAGUCUAAAUAGAUCGUACGGUCGUUCGUUCGGUUAAGGUGUGGUAUAUGGUAUAUUGUGAUAAACUGGGUAGAAUAGUAACAGUAGAAUUGUCUCAGAUUAAAUAACAUUAUAAUACUAUAUGGCUUAUUUAUGAUAUAUAAUAUUUACUACAGAGUAAGGGAUAAGGUUUAGAUUUAUAUAGAUAGAAAUGAGAAAUAAAAGUUGGCUCAGAUUUUA